ACGGGAGGCCGAUUCUAGUGCGCCUGCGUGGCCGCGAAUCACCAGCUAGCGUCUGUGUCUGUAGUAACCGCCCAUCUGUGAGGCGCGGCUCAUGCCCCCAGUAUCCCGGUCCAGCUAUUCCGAGGACAUUCUGGGCUCUCGGAGGCGGCGACGCAGCUCCUCAGGGAGCCCACCAUCCCCGCGGAGCAGAUGUUCUUCUGGGGAUGGUCGUUCCCGUUCUCACUCCCGCGGCCGUGAGGGCCUCAGGCCUCCUUGGAGUGAAUCGGACGUGGGCGCUCUUUACCCCUUUAGUCGCUCUGGGUCGCGAGAGCUGCCCCCAGGGCUCCGCAACUACGCCUACCCGUCUUCUUCGUCGACCUCGUAUAGCGGAUAUCGCUACCAUCACCACUACUAUGCAGAAGAACGGCAGUGGGCGGAAGACUAUGAGAAGGAGAAGGAAGAGAACUAUCGGCAGAGGAGGCUGAAGGAGAGAGAGAGGAUUGGGGAAUUGGGAGCGCCUGAGGUGUGGGGGCCGUCUCCAAAGUUCCCUGAGCCAGAUUCUGACGAACAUAACCCAAGUGAGGAUGAAGAAGAGAUAAUGCAUCAGAAAAGGAGCGGUUCAGAUUCCAAUUCGGAAGAACAUAGGAAAAAGAAGACCAGUCGUUCAAGAAACAAGAAAACAAGAAAUAAAAAGUCGUCUAAAAGAAAACAUAGGAAGUAUUCUGUUAGUGACAGUAACUCAGACUCUGACACAAAUUCUAACUCUGUUGAUGAUAAGAGAGUUAAAGCCAAGAAGAAAGAGAAGAAAAAGAAACACAAAACAAAAAAAUACAAGAAAAUGAAGAAUAAGAAGACCAAAAAAGAAUCCAGUGACUCAAGCUGUAAAGACUCAGAAGAGUUGUCAGAAGAUACCUGGAUGGAGCAGCCAAAUAUGGCAGAUACUAUGGAUUUAAUAGGGCCAGAAGCACCUAUAAUACCUACCUCUCAAGAUGAGAAACCUUUAAACUAUGGCCAUGCUUUGCUCCCCGGUGAAGGUGCAGCUAUGGCUGAGUAUGUAAAAGCUGGAAAGCGAAUCCCACGAAGAGGUGAAAUUGGGUUGACAAGUGAAGAGAUCGCUUCUUUUGAAUGCUCAGGUUAUGUCAUGAGUGGCAGCAGGCAUCGCAGAAUGGAGGCUGUACGUCUGCGUAAGGAGAACCAGAUCUACAGUGCUGAUGAGAAGAGAGCUCUUGCAUCCUUUAACCAAGAAGAGAGACGAAAGAGAGAAAAUAAGAUUUUAGCCAGUUUCCGAGAGAUGGUGUACAAAAAGACAAAAGGGAAAGAUGACAAGUAAGAACUUGUUUGUUGUGCAGCAGGACUUUUAACAAAGUUUUAUGUGUCCGAAAGUGUUAAAAGGCUUUACAGUGCUACUGUACUUACCAUAUUACUAAGUCCCUCAGGAAAAGCUUCUUUUGAGAUACCUUUAGCAGCUUAUUUUUUGUUAUUUUAACUUUAAAAAGUAAUAUGUGCACAUGGUUUUUAAAAUAUUCAACCAUUACAGGAGGAUAGUUCGUAAAAAGUGAAUCUUUCACUUUAACCCCUGACACCUUUCCCCCAAAAAAUAUCUUUUUGGCGUCUUAUAUACAGAAUAUACAUUGUGUGCUUAUACAAGGGUAUAUGUUGCAGCAUAAAAGUUAACAGCUAUUAAAGUUUUUUCGCCUGUCA